AUGACAGCGUGCGAGUGCUGCGGCGGGUGUUUCGCAGGUGUCUUGCUGGUAGGUGCAGGGAUCAGACAAAUCGGCGGGCUAGUGCAACCCUCGCAGCAAGAGGAGACAAAGGCGGAAACGGCCAGCGCAAAGCCGCUCGGCGAUGCUCGCAUGCCUGCAGUUCAGAUCGUGGAGGAGGGGACCAUCCAGGCCGAACCUCUCGAGCAACAUGUUGAAGGUGCAAGGAAAUCUCAAGGGCGGACCGACCACAGUCGGCAGCUCUACGACUCUGCCUGGCAGGGGGACUUUGAUGGGGCGUUUGACGCCCUGGAGGCAGGUGCAGACCCUUAUGCAAGGUACGGGGUACGGAAGAUCACCACCUUGCACGUGGCUGCAAGAACUGGCAACAGGCAGAUCAUGGAGAUGUUACUGAGAUGGGAGAAGGCGCCAAAGCCGCAGCUCGAUGUGCAGAACAAGGACGGCGAGACUCCACUCUUUGGAGCUGUCCUGGAAGGCCAUGUCGGAACGACCCAGGCGCUCGUGGACGCGAAGGCAGAUGUCAACAUCAAAGACAACGAAGGUCGAACAGUGCUGUCCAUCGCUCAGCAACGCGAGCGGCAGGACUUCAUCGACUUUCUCAUUGCAAGCGGUGCAAUCGGAAGCAUGUUGUCUUCGGAGAAGUCUUCAGCGGGUUGGACUUAUUGGAUGAGCUGGAGAAGCUCGAGACGAACGAGGAAUGCAGGCCCUUGGUGGAUUGCAUCGUCGUGGACUGUGGCGCAGAUCAGCGUCGCAUCACGGAAGGCUAGCCGCCCAGCCCAGUCGAGUGCCCAAAGAUGGUCUUGCAAGGUUGAAAAGCAUUUGCACCGAGUGCCAUGCGUGAUACGCACGCAGUCCUGGGUCAGCAUCCAUGCCUGGCAUUAA